UUCUAGAAGCCAAUCCGCAAUAUCUCUAUGGAAAUGGAGCAGUUCCUGUUUCAGUUCCAGCUGCAGCUGCAGCUCCAUCGAAUUAUGGAUCCUACGAGCACAUGGAUUUAGAGGGUCAGUCGAAAAGUUUGACGUUUGACAAUCAGAGCAUACGCCGUGGAUUCAUCCGAAAAGUGUAUCUGAUACUCAUGGCCCAAUUGCUGGUUACCUUUGCUGUUGUAGCCAUGUUUGCUUUCUGCCCAGAGGCGAAGAUCUUUGCCAGUCGGAAUCCUUGGCUGUUUUGGCUGGCUGUGGCCAUAAUGCUGUUGACCAUGUUGAGCAUGUUGUGCUGUGAAAAUGUGAGACGAGAGACGCCAACCAAUUUCAUAUUCCUGGGUCUCUUUACAGUCGCGGAAUCCUUUUUGCUGGGCAUCUCUGCCAGUCGCUAUCAUGGCCAAGAGGUGCUUCUGGCCAUUGGCAUUACGGCUGCCAUUUGUUUGGCCCUGACGCUGUUUGCUCUGCAGACCAAGUAUGAUUUUACCACAAUGGGCGGCAUUCUCAUUGCCUGUUUGAUGGCACUCUUCAUCUUUGGUCUUAUGGCCAUCUUUGUUGGUGGCAAUAUGUUGGCUUUAAUCUAUGCCUCUCUGGGCGCAGUGCUUUUCUCUAUCUACCUGAUUUACGAUACUCAAUUGAUGAUGGGCGGCAAUCACAAAUAUGCCAUAAGUCCGGAGGAAUAUAUUUUCGCCACUCUCAAUCUCUAUUUGGACAUUAUUAAUAUCUUUAUGGAUUUGCUGACUAUUUUCGGACUCACUGGGGAGUAAACUUUACUUUUAAGCUUAAUCACUUUACACUCGUAAAUUUAAUUUCUUUGGCAAAUAGGCUUAUUGUGUUAUUGACGCGUUUAAUUAGUCGCAUUUAGUGAUUUACUGAUUUACACAUAAAUGCAUAAAUCACACAAUUCACAAUCAAAUAUGUCAAUUAUGUUAUUAGUUUGCCGGCAAUAAAAAUGUCAAAGUAAUUACA